AAUAAAGUGCCUUUAGUUAUCCAUUAGACUUGGUAGAAGUCUGGAGGUUCUCCCAGAAAACCAUAGCCUUUUUUUCCAUCCCUGUUGCUUCUCUCCACUCUCUCACUUUACCAUUUCCUCUUCCUACUUCCAUUCCUCAUCUCCUGCUCUCUUCUCUCACUAAUUGUCUGAAAGCAAGCUGGUUCGGGAUUUUGGUUGCAGUAAAGACACGAACAGGGCACGAACUGUAAAGGAAAUGAGCUGGUCAUCGAGUGAUAAUUUUUUCGUGAACUCAAAGUUAGAGGUCUUCUCAGCCGACCUCUUUUCUGAACCAUUAAAAAUGACACAGAGCAAAGUUGCUGUCUACGAUGGGCCUAAGGGUGAUGAUUUUAAGAGGUUCUUGCGUUCUAGGAACUUUCGAGUUAACCGUCAGGGAAAGGCUAUUGUACGCAUCCAAAAGCGCGAUGACGAGGGUGAUAUUCUUGAAUAUCAAUAUGAUUCCUUUGUUCUAGAAAUGGUGGUACCAUUGGCCCAUUUUGGUUUCCCAAAUGUACCGUUACCAAAGUUGCAAGCGGUGAACAAAUUGCAAGGCCUCUUGGACAUUACCAACGCUGAUUUGGAAAAGAAGAAUGAUGCACAUAAUGAAUUGCAAAGCCUUCUGGACAGUACCAAGGCUGAAUUGGCAAAGAAGAAUGAUGAGCUUAAUGACUUGCAAAGCCUCCUAGACAAUACCAAGGCUGAAUUGGCAAAGAAGAAUGAUGAGCUUAAUGAAUUGCGAAGCCUCAUGGACAUUACCAAGGCUGAAUUGGUGAAGGAGAAUGACCCACUGAAUGAAUUGGCAAAGAAGAAUGAUGAGCUUAAUGAUUUGCGAAGCCUCCUGGACAAUACCAAGGCUGAAUUGGAGAAGGAGAAUGACAUAUUGAAUGAAUUAAAGAAGCAGAAGAUUGAUCAGGACUGGAAUUCUGAACAAUUCCGACUUUCUAUUGUUUCAAUCACAAACUCAAUGAAGAGAGCGUUCAUUGACUUUGGUCUUGAACCACCGGCAAGUGGAGAUCCAGAGUCUGUGCUGAAAUUUCUUGAGAUGUUACGUGAUCUGAUCCUUCACAAAGAAUUCAGGAUGUCACGUGAUCUGAUCCUUCACCAAGAAUUCGGUGCUACUUUCUUAGUGGCCGUGAAUGGGAUAUUGGACUCGAUUGCAAGUAUAUUUGACAAACGCACUGGCUUAAGCAUUGGCAUGGAAACAAAUAUUCAGACUCCAGCUCAUCUCAUUAAGAAUCUACUUACCUUAAGAGGCUUUAUGGAUUCUCACUUCUUUAUUGAUGGCAGUGUUAUAGUGAGGGAUUUCUGUUUGAUGAACAAGGAUGACCUCCCAGUUAUCUUUCGGGAUUCUGCAACAAAUGUGGCUGAGCUCAAGCAGAAGAAAAUAGGUACGAAAUCAAUCGAUAACAUCGAUGGAAACUUCAUCUUUUAUGGUUAUUUCAACAUUCCAAUGGUAGGGAUGUUCAAGGGUGUUUUAACAAGAGUUCAUGUGAGCCUGCCGGAUGAGAUCAUGGUGAAACUUCAAGUAGGUGGAAAACAUAAUCUUAAUGACAAAAGGUUUUGGUUUGUCUAUGCCAAUGGGUCAGCUAUAUUUGAAAAGAAGGAGCCUUUAAGUCCUCUUGAACCCAUAGACAAUAAUCUACAAGAUGUGAAAUUUGACCCUACUCGGAUCAUAGUUGGCCAAACGGACUUCUUAGAGUUUUUGCUUAGGAUGAAUCGUAUCUUUGUUGAUAAGAAGGGGACAUAUCUCAAGUUUGAAUUUAUUGCAACCAAGGGUUCAAAAGCUCCAGACGAUAAUGUCCUUCGCUACUAUGACAAGGAUUUUGCAUUGUUUAAUCCUUUUAAAUUGGUGCAAUUUGAUGCGAAUGAAUGUGCAACUUGUAUAACAGAACGGAAUGUCUAUGUCCCUCGGUUAUGGACGAGUAAGAGCGUGAAAUAUGCUGCCUGGAUUGUAAAUGAAGCUCUAGGUAACGACUGUUCUUUCACAUUAAAGGGUAUUCGUUUUCUUGGGAAAAUAACAAAAGUCUCCGAUACUUUCCGCAAUAAUGCUCUGGUUAGUGUGUUCUUCGAACAAAGCAAAGAUGUGGACAAUUGUUAUGUCGAUGCUCUAGCAACAACUUUCUUUGUUUUGAAAACUGAAAAAAUAACUUCAUAUGACAAUGGUGAAAAAAAGGCUCUGGAAUUUAUUUGAUAGGUCCUAUAGUUCAUUUUGUGGUUUAUUGGCUUUUAGUUUGUUGAAGUUUUGUUGUAUAGGUAAACUUUGACUGGUCGCACUAUUGUAUUGUCUUUUCCUUGGAGGCGUCAGUUUGAUUGUGCUUUAGUGGGUCCAUAAGGAUAUUUUGUUGUUGUUGUUGUUCAUGUUGUUGUGUAUUGUCUUAUUAAUUAAAAUCAUUUCUUGUUCUCCUCA